AUUCAUCCCGCCUUAAGAAAAGCACUUGGCGGCACAAUUUCCCCAUUCGUUCGCUAUUGGGGGUUUUGAAACUUCAGGUUUAUUCGUUCUUUUGUGCUUCCUUCACUAUGAGGGUCCAGCGAGCCGUAGCUGUCCUCAACGACAGCCGUAUCCUCGGUUCGAGGUGCAGCGCUCGCUUCCUCAGUGUGGGUUCCAGGGCUCCGGGCUCUCGUUACCCUGCGCCGCUGAUCGCAGCUCCGUUACGUGUAGAGGGGAGAAGAUAUUUCAGCCUGACCAAAACUCGAUAUGCUUCUGCGAACGCGGCUGCUAGUGCUGCCUUGAAGCGCGCUGCCGAGGAGGCCGCAAACCUCACACCCGAAGCCGUCUUCCAGAAAAUGAGCCCGGAAGAGAAGAAGCGACUGUCAAGAGUGCGCAAUAUUGGUAUUGCCGCACAUAUCGACAGUGGAAAGACGACAGCUACCGAACGAGUGCUGUUCUAUACCGGUCGAAUUAAGGCUAUUCACGAAGUCAGAGGCAGGGAUGGCGCAGGCGCAAAGAUGGACUCUAUGGAACUCGAGCGAGAGAAGGGAAUCACUAUCCAAUCUGCUGCCACGUUUUGCGACUGGAAGAAGGUCGAAGACGGCGUGGAACAGACCUACCAUAUCAAUUUGAUCGAUACGCCUGGUCACAUUGAUUUCACCAUCGAGGUCGAGCGCGCCCUGAGAGUGUUGGACGGAGCCGUCAUGAUCCUUUGCGCCGUCAGUGGUGUUCAGUCUCAGACUAUCACCGUGGACAGGCAGAUGAAGCGAUACAACAUUCCCCGAAUAAGUUUCGUGAACAAGAUGGACCGAAUGGGCGCCAACCCCUGGAAAGCUGUCGAACAAAUCAACUCUAAGUUAAAGAUUCCCGCUGCGGCCAUCCAAAUCCCUAUUGGUGCCGAGGAUCAAUUCAAGGGCGUCGUUGACCUGAUAGAAAUGAAAGCUAUCUACAGUGAGGGGCCGAAGGGCACAAUCAUUCGGCACGGCCCUGUACCCGAUGACUUGAAAGAGCUUGCGGAACAGAAACGCCAGGAACUGAUCGAGAAGCUCGCCGACGUUGAUGAUGAAAUUGCUGAAAUUUUCUUGGAAGAGGGCACGCCAUCUAACGAGCAGAUUAGCGCCGCUAUUCGCAGGUCUACUAUCGCCUUGAAGUUUACUCCCGUCAUGAUGGGAUCUGCUUUAGCCGACAAGUCCAUUCAGCCCUUGCUUGAUGCCGUCUGCGACUAUCUGCCCAACCCUGCCGACGUCGAGAACGUGGCGUUGGAUCGCUCCAAGAACGAGGCGCAGACCAAGUUGGUUCCUUACAACUCGCUGCCUUUCGUCGGAUUGGCGUUCAAGCUCGAAGAGAAUAACUACGGUCAGCUUACCUACAUUCGAGUCUACCAGGGCUCGUUGAAGAAGGGUACUUGGUUGUUCAAUUCGCGAACCGAUAAGAAGGUCAGAAUUCCCCGUAUCGUGCGAAUGCACUCCAACGAGAUGGAGGAUGUCUCCGAGAUCGGCGCAGGUGAGAUUUGCGCCGUAUUUGGUGUCGACUGCGCCUCUGGCGAUACCUUUACGGACGGAAACUUGCCGUAUACCAUGUCUUCCAUGUUCGUGCCCGACGCGGUCAUGUCGCUUUCCAUCAAGCCCAAGAAGAGCACGGAUGCCGACAACUUCAGUAAGGCCAUGAACCGUUUCCAACGUGAAGAUCCCACAUUCAGAUUGUUUGUCGAUGAGGAAAGCGAGGAGACCAUCAUCUCGGGUAUGGGUGAAUUGCACCUGGAAAUCUAUAUCGAGCGUCUACGACGUGAGUACAAGGUUGACUGUGUCACUGGCCAGCCUCGUGUCGCGUAUCGUGAGACUAUCAGCAACAGGGCCGACUUCGACUACCUUCUCAAGAGGCAGACAGGUGGUCCUGGUGACUUCGCUCGCGUCGGCGGCUGGAUCGAACCUAACGAUGAGCCGGAGAAGAACAGCUUCGAGAACCAAGUGGUCGGAGGUGCUAUCCCUGAUAAAUUCAUCUCAGCUUGUGGCAAAGGUUUCGAAAUUGCUUGCGAGAAGGGCCCUCUACUGGGUCACAAGGUGAUCGGGGCCCGUAUGGUGGUCAAUGACGGAGCAACGCACGUGACGGAUUCUUCAGAUUUCGCUUUCAGUUUAGCAGCGCAAAUGGCCUUCCGCAAGGUGUUCCCAGAUGCUGGCGGUCAAGUUCUUGAGCCGCUGAUGAAGACGACCAUCAUGGCACCCAACGAGUUCCAGGGCAACAUUCUUAUGCUGAUGAACAAGCGAAACGCUACUAUUCUUGAUACGGAGAUCGGCACCGAGGACUUUACGCUGGUGGCGGAUUGCAGUCUUAACGCCAUGUUCGGAUUUAGCACUCAGUUGAGAGCGGCUACCCAGGGCAAGGGCGAGUUUAGCAUGGAGUUUUCGCAUUACGCGGCCGCGCCGCCUCACAUGCAGAAGGAAUUGAUCGCCAAGUACCAGAAAGAGCUUGAGGCGAAGAGAACCAAAUAAAGAUACUUCGCCUUGGGUGGAAUUCUAUUCGCAGCUAGCUUCUCCAACACGCUAUGCUGCCUCAAGACAAGUGUACGAGUGGAUGUCAUCGACUCAUUGUCGGUCUACUACUAGUAUCGGCACUCAGGGGAAUUGGCAUUUUCUCGUCAAAGUUAAAACUAGUUAUGCCUACACUACGAGAUCACAACGGUGAUUAUGGUGUGUACAUUAUAACGUGAUGAUAUAUUACGAUAUGCCAAUAGCGGGCUGUAUAUAAACCCCGGGCGUAUCAUGAAGGCUCGAGGUAUCGUUUAGGUACAAAAUCGACCUAACAUAGACGAAGGAUUGGAAAAUAAACGGGCAACGAUACCUACUGAGAAGGGCGGGUAUUGAAAAUGCCUUUACGCAUGUAUAGAGAAAAGAUCUAGAACAUGGAAAUAGAGAACCUCUUCCCUCUACUUUAGGGCCACUCUUGACUAUAUUAAAACG